AGUGCCCCGCCCCUCCCCCAACACACACACACACACACACACACACACACACACACACACACACACACACACACACACACACACACACACACACACACACACACACACACACACACACACACACACACACACACACACACACACACACACACACACACACACACACACACACACACACACACACACACACACACACACACACACCGGGAUGGCCGAGCGCCGCACGCGUAGCACGCCGGGACUAGCUAUCCAGCCUCCCAGCAGCCUCUGCGACGGGCGCGGUGCGUAAGUACCUCGCCGGUGGUGGCCGUUCUCCGUAAGAUGGCGGACCGGCGGCGGCAGCGCGCUUCGCAAGACACCGAGGACGAGGAAUCUGGUGCUUCGGGCUCCGACAGCGGCGGCUCCCCGUUGCGGGGAGGCGGGAGCUGCAGCGGUAGCGCCGGAGGCGGCGGCAGCGGUUCUCUGCCUUCACAGCGCGGAGGCCGAACCGGGGCCCUUCAUCUGCGGCGGGUGGAGAGCGGGGGCGCCAAGAGUGCUGAGGAGUCGGAGUGUGAGAGUGAAGAUGGCAUUGAAGGUGAUGCUGUUCUCUCGGAUUAUGAAAGUGCAGAAGACUCGGAAGGUGAAGAAGGUGAAUACAGUGAAGAGGAAAACUCCAAAGUGGAGCUGAAAUCAGAAGCUAAUGAUGCUGUUAAUUCUUCAACAAAAGAAGAGAAGGGAGAAGAAAAGCCUGACACCAAAAGCACUGUGACUGGAGAGAGGCAAAGUGGGGACGGACAGGAGAGCACAGAGCCUGUGGAGAACAAAGUGGGUAAAAAGGGCCCUAAGCAUUUGGAUGAUGAUGAAGAUCGGAAGAAUCCAGCAUACAUACCUCGGAAAGGGCUCUUCUUUGAGCAUGAUCUUCGAGGGCAAACUCAGGAGGAGGAAGUCAGACCCAAGGGGCGUCAGCGAAAGCUAUGGAAGGAUGAGGGUCGCUGGGAGCAUGACAAGUUCCGGGAAGAUGAGCAGGCCCCAAAGUCCCGACAGGAGCUCAUCGCUCUUUAUGGUUAUGACAUUCGCUCAGCUCAUAAUCCUGAUGACAUCAAACCUCGAAGAAUCCGGAAACCCCGAUAUGGGAGUCCUCCACAAAGAGAUCCAAACUGGAACGGUGAGCGGCUAAACAAGUCUCAUCGCCACCAGGGUCUUGGGGGCACCCUACCACCAAGGACAUUUAUUAACAGGAAUGCUGCAGGUACCGGCCGUAUGUCUGCACCCAGGAAUUAUUCUCGAUCUGGGGGCUUCAAGGAAGGUCGUGCUGGUUUUAGGCCUGUGGAAGCUGGUGGGCAGCAUGGUGGCCGGUCUGGUGAGACUGUUAAGCAUGAGAUUAGUUACCGGUCACGGCGCCUAGAGCAGACUUCUGUGAGGGAUCCAUCUCCAGAAGCAGAUGCUCCAGUGCUUGGCAGUCCUGAGAAGGAAGAGGCAGCCUCAGAGCCACCAGCUGCUGCUCCUGAUGCUGCACCACCACCCCCUGAUAGGCCCAUUGAGAAGAAAUCCUAUUCCCGGGCAAGAAGAACUCGAACCAAAGUUGGAGAUGCAGUCAAGCUUGCAGAGGAGGUGCCCCCUCCUCCUGAAGGACUGAUUCCAGCACCUCCAGUCCCAGAAACCACCCCAACUCCACCUACUAAGACUGGGACCUGGGAAGCUCCGGUGGAUUCUAGUACAAGUGGACUUGAGCAAGAUGUGGCACAACUAAAUAUAGCAGAACAGAAUUGGAGUCCGGGGCAGCCUUCUUUCCUGCAACCACGGGAACUUCGAGGUAUGCCCAACCAUAUACACAUGGGAGCAGGACCUCCACCUCAGUUUAACCGGAUGGAAGAAAUGGGUGUCCAGGGUGGUCGAGCCAAACGCUAUUCAUCCCAGCGGCAAAGACCUGUGCCAGAGCCCCCCGCCCCUCCAGUGCAUAUCAGUAUCAUGGAGGGACAUUACUAUGAUCCACUGCAGUUCCAGGGACCAAUCUAUACCCAUGGUGACAGCCCUGCCCCGCUGCCUCCACAGGGCAUGCUUGUGCAGCCAGGAAUGAACCUUCCCCACCCAGGUUUACAUCCCCACCAGACACCAGCUCCUCUGCCCAAUCCAGGCCUCUAUCCCCCACCAGUGUCCAUGUCUCCAGGACAGCCACCACCUCAGCAGUUGCUUGCUCCUACUUACUUUUCUGCUCCAGGCGUCAUGAACUUUGGUAAUCCCAGUUACCCUUAUGCUCCAGGGGCACUGCCUCCCCCACCACCGCCUCAUCUGUAUCCUAAUACACAGGCCCCAUCACAGGUAUAUGGAGGAGUGACCUACUAUAACCCCGCCCAGCAGCAGGUGCAGCCAAAGCCCUCCCCACCCCGGAGGACUCCCCAGCCAGUCACCAUCAAGCCCCCUCCACCUGAGGUUGUAAGCAGGGGUUCCAGUUAAUACGAGUUUCUGAAUAUUUUAAAUCUUAACAUCAUAUAAAAACUGAGUCUCACUCUGUCGCCCAGGCUGGAGUGCAGUGGCACGAUCUCGGCUCACCACAACCUCCACCUCCCGGGUUUAAGCGAUUCUCCUGCCUCAGCCUCCCAAGUAGCUGGGAUUACAGGCGCCCGCCACCAUGCCCCGCUACUUUUUUUCUGUAUUUUUAGUAGAGAUGGGGUUUCACCAUGUUGGCCAGGCUGGUCUCAAAUUCCUGGCCUCAGGUGAUUGGCUCAGCUUGGCCUCCCAAAGUUCUGGGAUUACAGGCAUGAGCCACCGCGCUGGGCCCCUAAUUCCUCUUUAAAUCAUGUCAGUUUGCUUCUCUUCCCCACAAUGUGAUGGGUGACUGUAGGCCUGAUCUCCUGGGGUUAUGAAAAAAUGCCAUCCAGCCUUGGGGGUGGGUUACUGGCAGGAGGUUUGAGUGUUGGAUGCUUCCCCUUUACGCUUGCCUCUUGCUUCCCUAGUCCUUCAGUUAGACCCUAUUGCUCUCUCUGUUGCCCUGGUAACCAGCUCUGCAAGAAGAAACUCAAGCUCAGCAAAGCCCCCAGGUUCUCUCUAUCCUCCCAGCCUGCCUCUGGGUGGGCAGAAAGAAGAGGGUGUGUAAGCAGCAGACAGAUAGCCUUAGGUGGCCCUGCCCAGUCCCCUUGUAGAAGCCCAUGGGCUCAAAAAAAGCUCAAAGCUUUUUCGCCCCCAUCUCAUAGUUGUUAUUCAUACCACCCUGCCUUCCUCUUUAUUUCUUCCAUAAGCGGGUGCAAAUGCUCUGCCAGCUCUCUUCCCCUUCAGGGUCAGCGCACAGACCUGCUACCUUGUAGGCAACUCGGAGCACCAAAGACUUGGAAUUCCAAAGUCAGCUCCCAGCAUCUGCAGCCCACUUGGGUUGACUGUCCGUCUAGGGCAGUGAUUUUCAAUCCUGGCCAUUUGUGUCAUGUGAGGAGCUUUUUAAAAAAUCCCAUAAGCCUUCGCCCUGGUUCAGAAAUCUGAUUUAAUUGGUCUGAGAUAUGGCCUAGGCAUCAGUUUUUUUUUUUUUUUUUUUUGAGACAGAGUCUUGCUCUUGUUGCCCAGGCUGGAGUGCAGUGGCAUGAUCUCGGCUCACUGCAGCCUCCACCUCCCGGGUUCAAGCGAUUCUCCUGCCUCAGCCUCCUGAGUAGCUGAGAUUACAGGCACCAGCCACCAUGCCCAGCAAAUGUUUGUAUUUUUAGUAGAGACAGGGUUUCACUAUGUUGGCCAGACUGGUCUCGAACUUCUGACCUCAUGUUGCACCCUUCUCAGCCUCCCAAAGUACCGGGAUUAUAGGCGUGAGCUGUUGCACUUGGCCAGUAUUUUUUUUUUUUUAAUAUGGAGUCUCUCACCCAGGCUGGAGUGCAGUGGCAUGAUAACAGCUCACUGCAACCUUCACCUCCCAGGUUCAAGCAAUCCUUCUACCUCAGCCUCCAGAGUAGCUUGGAUUACAGGUGUGUGCCACCAUGCCCGGCUAAUUUUUUUUGUAUUUUUAGUAGAAAUGGGUUUUCACCAUGUUGGUCAGGCUGGUCUUGAACUCAUGACCUCAAGUGAUCUGCCCACCUUGGCUUCCCAAAGUGUUGAGAUUACAGGCGUGAGCCACCAAGCCCAGCCAGCAUCAGUAUUUCUGAGAAGCUUCCCUGUGAUUCCAGUGUGUAGUCAGGGUGAAAACCACUGCCACUCCAGGAGGACCAUGACUUGAUGCUGGCUCUCCUCACUGAUUCAAAAUGUUGAACUUAGUCUCUGCCUGACAUCCUUGAGCAUUUGGGGGAGUACUGGGGUCCUGUGUCCCAAGCUUCUAGCUUCCAGAAGUCUCUCAGUCUGUUUUAUUUUCAACCCCCUACACCCUUCACACUCCCCAAUUCGCCCUUCCUAACCAACAAUUCCCAAAUCCUGCCCAGAGAGAAGGUUACCAAGGCAACCGGCUUAAUCUGGUAACUGUGGCAUGUGCUGGGAGAGAAGCCCUUCCCUCUUCCUAUUCAGUUCAUAAAAUGCUACCUGGGGAGCUCCAACCCAUUCCAGCCACUUUCCCCUUUCAAGCCCGGGGAUAUUGGAGUGUCCAAUAAGGGGAGCACAGGAAGCUGAUACUCAGACCUCUAAUACAGCUUCUUAGCC